AUGUUUUUACUUAUUAUCUUCAUUGCUAUUAUUUUGGUGCUACUUGUCUUGGCUUUACCAUACAUUUCCGGUCUCACCACUGUUGAAAUUAACAAACCACUGAAGAGUGUAGGACGCAAUAAAGGAACGGAGAGAGCAAGAGACAAAAGCGGUCCAAACAACGAUGGGAAUGUAAGCUAUGGAUACAUUCCGCCUGACGAGGUAGUGUCUGAAGAUUCUACUGGCACAGGCUUCAAAUCAAAGGUUAGUGCCGUUGGACAGAAGCUUCAAGUACAUUCCGAGGACCUUCCGAUUCAAAUAAAAUUAGCCAAUGCCAAAAAUGAGCAACAUGAGCUCCGAAGAAGAAAACAUCAGAAAUUGGACAUUGACACGGAUCCAAACACUUACGAUUACGAUAUUGAUGAUUUGAUUGCAGAGGAGAACGCAACUGCAAGACAGGAGCAACAAGCAGAAUUCUAUCGAAACCAAAAGAUUGGAGGGGAAAAGGAAGAAAUGGUAUAG